AUCCCACCUCUAACCGGCUGUUCCCGCCGCAGGAUCGCCCUCCACUUCCGCCUAGCUUGGCAGCCACUCCUCUCAGCAGCCUCCGUUGAUACUUCCUCUCGCGCGCGUAUAUCUCGUCAGUCGGCCGUAAGCCACGUGCGUGUGCUCGUUCGAGUACAUCCCGCGUGAGCGAUAUAUCGGACAGAGUCAUUUCGCAUUGACGAAUCGCGCUAGCCCACUUCCGAUGACAGAUAAGACUCUCGGCGCGAAGUUACUAGUGCAAGAAGACAAUUACAUUUCAUCAUCUGCAUUCGUUUUUAUUUCAUCAUCGACCGUCCGAUCUUGGUCUAAAAAAAGUUGCGCUUCUGUCAUAGUAAAUUAAAAAAAAGUAAUAAAGAUAAGGACAAGAUAGAAUAAUAAGUGAAGAAAAGCUGAAGAAGAUUUGUCAAUUGUUAUUUAUGCAUAACUAUCGAUAACAAAUGGUAUCUUAUCGAAUGAACAUAAAUGCAAUAAGAUACCAACGAUUGUAGAAUAUCUAGGAUGAAAUCUACACGAUCAAAUACGGUGUCUAGACAGUAAUAUCAGUACAUGAGGUCGACUCAAAGAAGACCCGAAAUAUUUCAUCGCGGCUUCGUCGGUCAAGCUGAUCGGAAAGCGGCAUGAUUCGCCGCCAAUAUUCUGGCGUACGGGUAAGCGCUUCGAAGAAGAACAAAGAUAUCGCUGCGGUAACUCUAGGUAGCUCUCAAAGGUGAAGACAGACGUCGGGUUGGAAGACGUCGGGAGAGAACUAAAAAUAUCAGCCGGUUCCGCGGUUGGUCGACGAGACUAACGCGGCUCCGCCACGUCGUAUUUCCACGCUAAAGGCAAUUUUACCGGCUGGAAAAGAUGAGAGUGAUAUCUCUCCGUGUGCGGCGAUGAAAACUGGGCUCGUCUUUAAUCUCGGGGUAAACUAUCAGCCGCGAUCGUCGUUAAAGAGCUCGUUGACAGACCGGACAUUGAUGAGAGAGAGACUCGAUCACGAGAUCCUUAUAGCGAACCCGUUGUCAUCAUCUAUUACCCCAUCUACUACCAUUCAUCGUCUGCUACUGAUGCUAUAAACGCAUCGAAGAUCGCGAGGAUGAUUGGAAUGUCAAGCCAGAAGCUAUCGGCGUCUUCGUCACAUCUAUUCGCGAAUUUGGGACGACCUUGAUACAUCGACGAGCUUCGUUCGCACGUUGAACAAUUUCGGCGCUAUUUAUUCUUUCGGACACACCAGGCGACUGAUCGACGCCUCCAGACUUAGGACCCAGGGUCAAGGCCAAAAGCUACCACGCGACGGAUUCGAGACGCAGAAGGACUCGGUGUGCUUCGAAAAGCUCCGAAUCUAUAUCCCCGGGGACCAUCUCUUUCAUCGACGCGGUCGUUUGAAAUUCUUCGCGCCCGGAGUCGCGCCCGUAUUUAUAGACCUGCGUGUGGCGGCGCGUAGGGCCGCGUACACGCGUUUUACGCACGCGGCUCUCCUUCCUCUCGAAGGUGAAUAAAUAAGUGAAGUAGGUACACGCGCAGAGCCGGCGAACCGAGCCACGUCACAGUGAGGGCCCGCACACGUCCGUAAAGAGCGAGCCACGUUCCGUCGUUUGCGAUCAUGACGCGAUGCGUCCGCGACAAGAGCAUCACCGGCCUGUCUCGUCGACGAGCGCGUCCUCGUCGCCGUCGAACUGUCUGCGCUGGUCGCCCCGCUGGCUGCGAUCCGCCGAACCACUUCCGGGCAUGAUCGCAGCCGCCGCGAUCCUCCGCGUUUUCGUCGUCCUACUCGCCCUCGGCCACGCGGUCGCCGUCGACGAUCUGAAUGAAAAUAAGACAUCAGUCUUUGGAAUUAAGGACGAUGUAGAUUAUCUCCAUUCAAUCAAUCAGCCGUCUGCUGUAGAAUAUUUACCAAAGAAUAACAAAUCGACAAAGCUGUCGCAUUUCACGAGUUGGAGUGAAUGGUCGGUCUGCGAUCGGCAUUGUACACAAAAUCGCGUCAGGAGGUGUCGAUCGAAACAAGAUUGCGGAUCAACUGUACUUAGGGAAGAACGCGGUUGUGAACAUAAUAAAGCAGGUCGUCGAAGGCGAUGCAAGCAACACCAGCGAAGACACAGACGAAAAGACAAAAAAUUUCACGUGGUCCAGGUACCUAAAGAAGCGGAGCCUAGGCAUGGAAAGCGAAAAGGCAAGGAUAUUAAAGAACACUCUGGAGGACAUUACGGGAAAUGGAGCAAAUGGUCACCUUGCACGAGGCUGUGCACUACGCAACGUCACAGAUGGUGCAGAAAGCCUGGCAUCUGCGGACGCGAUGUGAUACGAGAGAGCGCCUAUUGUUACGUCGAAGGUAGCUUUUGCCAAAGAUGGAUCCAUCGAAAGAUUCGUGGUAUCCACGAAGAAGAUGGCGAAAACUUGAUAUUAGACGAAUUCGAACUUAAUCCUAACACCGUGGAUAGUUUCGCUCCGGAGAAAAAUUCAAAUACUUGGAAAUGUGGAGUGGCGAAUUCUCAUAAAAGCGCUAGAUUAUCAUACUUUAUGCGAAUCAUCGGCGGUCGCCCGACUACGCCUGGAAGUUGGCCAUGGCAAGUGGCUGUGUUAAAUCGAUUUCGAGAAGCUUUCUGCGGUGGAACAUUAGUAUCUCCGCGAUGGGUAUUGACUGCCGCGCAUUGCAUUAGGAAACGUUUGUAUGUUCGUAUUGGAGAGCACGAUUUAACGGUGAAAGAAGGCACGGAAUUAGAGCUUAGGGUGGACUCUGUGAUCAUCCAUCCAGAAUACGACGCCGAUACUGUUGAUAACGACGUGGCUCUUCUUCGUUUACCAGUUGUCUUGACUCCGUCUCCUUCGAGAGGCAUCGCCUGUCUACCUGCACCGAAGCAGCCUUUACCCACGAACCAGUUGUGUACUAUUAUCGGUUGGGGCAAGUCCAGCGUGACUGAUAAUUUUGGAACGGAUGUGCUCCACGAAGUCAGAGUUCCAAUAGUGUCAUCCGAAAUCUGCCGAAAAGUCUACAUAGAUUAUAGAAUUACGGACAAUAUGUUCUGUGCCGGUUAUCGCCGCGGGAAAAUGGAUUCUUGUGCGGGCGAUAGCGGAGGUCCUCUACUUUGCAAGGAUCCUCGAAAGCCCGAUCGUCCGUGGACAAUAUUUGGUAUCACUAGUUUCGGUGAAGGUUGUGGCAAACGCGGUAAAUUCGGUAUAUAUGCAAGACUAUCCAAUUACGUACGUUGGAUUACAAAAGUGAUAAAAGAGUCGAAUGAAUAAAUACAUACUUAGAAGAUAUGCUUAUAUUAUAAUUGUAAUUAAUUUUUACGCUUAAUUAUUAAUACUUAUAAUUAAUAUUGAAUGAAGAUGAAGAUAAAAAAUAUGGUAAGGAAAUCAGAUUAUGAAUUUUAAGUUAUAUCUCAAUCUAUUAUAUGGCGAAAAGUGCUAAUACCUUGAAAAAGAUUAAAUAUAAAGCUAGUUAUGCACUCUAUUCUUACACAUUUUAUUUUCGGCAAAAAUAUAUUUGUAUGUUUUUAUAUAAGAAAUUAAGUAUAAUUUUUACAGAAAUUAAUGCAACUGA